AUGGCGGCCUCUGAGGCGGCGGCGGCGGCGGGGUCCGCGGCCCUGGCCUCGGGCGCCCCGACCGUCCCGACGGCCGCGAGGGGAGCCGCCGCCGCCGCCGCCGCCGCCGCCGCCGCCUCGGGCCCGUGGGGGCCCCCCGGACGGCUAAGGGGCAGCCGGCCGCGGCCCGCGGCGGCGAGGCAGCAGCCCGCGGGUCCGGCGCCUCCGGCCCGGGAGCUGAUCCAGCCGUCGGUGAGCGAGCUGUCCCGGGCCGUGCGGACCAACAUCCUGUGCACGGUGCGCGGCUGCGGCAAGAUCCUGCCCAACAGCCCGGCGCUCAACAUGCACCUGGUCAAGAGCCACCGCCUGCAGGAUGGCAUAGUAAAUCCAACAAUAAGAAAAGAUUUGAAAACCGUACCGAAAUUCUACUGUUGUCCAAUUGAAGGAUGCCCUAGAGGCCCUGACAGACCAUUUUCUCAAUUUUCUCUCGUAAAACAGCACUUUAUGAAAAUGCAUGCUGAAAAGAAGCAUAAAUGCAGUAAGUGCAGCAAUUCCUACGGCACGGAGUGGGACUUGAAAAGGCAUGCAGAGGAUUGUGGCAAGACCUUCCAGUGCACGUGUGGCUGUCCCUAUGCCAGUAGAACUGCUUUACAGUCCCAUAUCUACCGCACUGGCCAUGAGAUCCCAGCAGAGCACAGGGAUCCACCUAGUAAAAAAAGGAAAAUGGAGAGCUGCCUGCACAGCCAGAAGUUGUCCAGUAAGACCACUGAGUCCCUGAGUACCCAACCAGCUCCAAAACCAGACACUCAGGAACUGGAAACUUCAGAAAUAAAGCUGGUCGCGUCUUUUGAAGACUCUUGCAGCUCUAAUGCCGGAAAGCAGACUCUUACACCACCUCCAAGAUACCCUCAGAAGUUGCUUUUACCCAAGCCCAAGGUGGCUCUGGUGAAACUUCCUGUUAUGCAGUUUUCUCCCGUGCCUGUCUUCGUGCCUACAGCCGACUCCUCGGCUCAGCCUGUGGUGUUGGGUGUCGAUCAUCAAGGUUCUGCCCCAGGCGCUGUGCACAUACUGCCCUUGUCAGUAGGAACCCUCAUCCUUGGCCUAGAUUCAGAGGCUGCCUGUCUUAAAGAGAGUCUCCCUCUUUCAAAAAUUGUAAGUCCUGUGGCCAUGGAGCCAAUUAGUACAGGUGUUCAAGUGAACUUGGGUAAGAGCCUGUCUGAUCCUUCACAAGAACUAGGGAACACCUGUCAGAAGAACAGCAUAUCUUCCAUCAACGUACAGACAGACCUAUCUUACGCCACACCGCACUUCGUACCUUCCACACAGUGGGCUGGCCCUGAUUCCUCUGUAUCUUCUUGUUCUCAAACAGAUUUGACAUUUGGUUCUCAAGUCUCCCUUCCCAUUAGCGUUCAUACGCAAACGUUUUUGCCCAGUUCUAAGGUGACCUCAUCCAUAGCUGCUCAGACUGAUGCGUUUAUAGAUGCCUGUUACCAGUCAGGUGGGAUCUCCAGAGAAACCCAGACCAGUGGAAUGCAUAAUCUGACAGAUGACAGAGUACAGAUGGACCAAGCUGUAAUGGGUGGAGACAUUUUUGAGAGCGUCCAUCCAUCCUAUGGUGUUUCUACAGACAGUAUUAUAAGCAGCAGCUUAGUAGCAGAGACUGUCACUCAUGAUUUGUUACCUCAGAACCACCCUAAGACUUUAACUCAAGAUCUUGAGAAAUCUGCACCAAUUAUAAACUUCAGUGCACAGCACAGUAUGCUUCCUUCACAGAACAUGACAGAUAAUCAGACCCAAACUAUAGAUUUAUUAAGUGAUUUAGAAAACAUCUUGUCAAGUAAUCUGCCCAGUCAGACACUGGACAAUCGUAGUCUUUUGUCUGACACGAGUACUGGACCUGACCCCCAGCUUCCAUCUGGCCCGACCCAGAAUCCCGCAAUCGAUUUUGAUAUUGAAGAGUUCUUGUCGGCCUCAAAUAUCCAGACUCAAACCGAAGAGAGUGAGCUUAAUACCAUAACCACUGAGCCUGUCUUGGAAUCACUGGACAUAGAAACCCAAACAGACUUCUUCCUUGCAGACACCUCUGCUCAGUCCUAUAGUUGUAGGGGAAAUUCUAACUUUUUAGGCCUUGAAAUGUUUGACACACAGACACAGACAGACUUAAACUUCUUUUUAGACAGUAGCCCCCAUCUGCCUCUGGGAAGUAUCCUGAAACACUCCAGCUUUUCCAUGAGUACUGAUUCAUCUGACACAGAGACCCAAACUGAAGGAAUCUCCGCUGCUAAAAAUAUACCUACUAUAGAGAGCAAAGUUCAGUUGAACAGUACAGAAACACAAACCAUGAAUUCCGGCUUCGAAACCCUGGGGAGCUUGUUCUUCACCAGCAACGAAACUCAAACAGCAAUGGACGACUUUCUUCUGGCCGAUUUGGCCUGGAACACAAUGGAAUCUCAGUUUAGCUCUGUAGAAACCCAGACAUGUGCGGAACUACACACAGUCUCCAACUUCUGAAAAUGAUGUCCGUGCGUGCAACAGCUGUUACAAUUUCCUUCUAGGUUUGGGAAAAUGGGAGAGUGGGACAACAGUGUUAACACUAUUGAAUGUAGUUACUGAUGCAUUUACUUCUAUUCUUGGAGGGUCUUUUGCCUUUUGUACUUGUAAACAUGAAAUUUGUGUAUAAAUGUGAGUGUAUUAUAAAGUGUAAGAUGUUGAUCUAAAAAUAUUGUUUCUGUGUUGCCUACGUUUGCCCUUUCACAGUUAGUCUUCCCAUCUUAAGAACACAAGUGUAUUUCACACCUUUAAAACCCAUCUAGCAAUUAACUGAAGCCAAGCUUACCAGGUACUAGGGUAGACUUUUCAGAUCAUCAAAACAUUUCAGUGGAAAUGUGACUUGCUUAACUUAAAUUGCACCUAAAAUAUUUGAAAGUGCUUGUUAGAAAUCCCUGUUUCCUGAUAGUAAAUCUAAAGAAAUCGGAUGCCACACAUCAGAUUUAAGCACCAGUGCUUAGAUGGCGUGGGACUCAUGCUGCAUGCAGCUUCAUCUGCUUUGACAUCUCACUUUUUUCUGACUUGAAGACAAAGGAAAAUGACAGCUGUCUUUAGCUUUUGAGACCAUCUUCGUGUAGUCCAUGCCAUUCUUCCUCUGUAUGAACUAUUGCUGAUACCAACCUAAGUGUACGUACUUUCCUCAUAGGACGUGUUGCUGUAAAAUUACUGCUUCAUGAAGUAGCAGCAAGCACUUAGUGUAAAUAGUGAUCCUUCUAGUCUACGUAACUGUUCAUUAUCCCAGCUGUGGAAACACUGGGUGUGGAAUUGUGCCCGUUAGCUCAUAAUGCAGUGUGUCUGGGGAACAUCCCUACUGCUCUCCCCUGUAGGCGAGGGUGGUGCUCCACAGCUGCUUCUCAGAGUGUUCCCGUAGGCUGGAUCUGAGUUUUGUCUCUCUAAGUGUUUAUUUAAAAAAAAAAAAAGGAAAGAGAAAAGGACAUUCCCCCCUAAAUUUCAGUACUUUGUGUAAACUUAAUAGGGUGAGAGUGCAAUCAACAGUUACUCUAAAGUGAAUCUUUUAAUCCACCUCAUAUUAUUUGAAUAAGGAGAAACUUUGCCCUAGCAAGGAUGUUAUUUGUGCCUUGAGGAUAGCAAGAAUAGAACAAAUUCCACCUAAAAUAUGGCAUUCUGCAUUUUGUUGCUUUAUUUGUUUAGACAGCAAUAUCAAACAGUCUUCGAAGAAUAGGAGAUGAAGACCAGUUACUUCAGUAAUCAAGAACAUCCAUGUUUUUUAGAUGGGAGCAAGUCAAAUAUACUUUGGAGGUUUUCUGUAUUUAGGAUUGUCCAACUUUCAGUCAAGGAAAAAUCGAUGCAGUCUGUACGUUUUCUAAGUUUAUUUUUAAAAAUUCCUUCUGUGGCACAUGCUUAUUGCUGCUGAAAGCUAAGUCCUCAAAAUAAAACCUAAGGAGUGAACUAAUAAAUCAGUAAUAUUACUAAUUCCUAUCCCAUAGAAGAAUAGUUGGUAGUGAAUAACAAAUCCUGGACAGAUGAACCCAACCUGGUAGAUAAGAGUUUGCUUUGGUCACAGUGGCCUAUGAUUAUGGGUUUCAAAACAAACAUAAAGCCUUAACAUAGAAUUUCAUUGUUUUAGAAUCGUCACUGCCUUAAUGUUCAAACAUUUAAGUUCUCCUAGUAAAGGAGAAAUGCAUGUUUGUUUAUGGCUUUUUGUAAAUACAAACGCAGUGAUCUUUGGCUUUAAAAAAAAAUUUGUUUCUGUGAAAAUGUUAAUCCAGUCAAUAGAGUUAUUUACAGAAUAGUUGAGCAUGUCAUAGUUCUUCAUGUACAAGUAAGAACUGUUUUUCCUCCCAAAACCUUAGUUACCUGAAUUGUCCUAAGUUUAUUCGUAAAAACUGAAGUUCAGUGAUUAAAAAGAAGUUGGAAUUCUA